AAGACAUUCGUAGUUAUUAAAGAGUCAGACGAUAGCAGAAAUAUUCUUAAAAAAUGGAGAGAAUGACCAUCUUUUUGAUUGUGGGAAUUAUUGUGUUAAAUAUUCAGGUGAAUUCAGUUGCUGGAGAAGAAGACAAAUUUAUUAUUGAACCAUAUGGGCCAGAAAAAAAUUAUACAUCAGUGAAGCUUGCUAAUUCAAGAGAUAAUACUCAAGGUCGAACGUUUGAUUGCUUCAACUUUAUGUCUUCGGUGAGGAUAAAUGAAUGGAAUUUAGUUGAACGUGGUAGGAAAUGUAGAGGACGUUGUGUGGUGUAUAGGAAUCAAACAUUUUUUCACAGAAAUGAAUCAAAAAGUGCAGUAAACGUGACUGAUUAUUGCCCUGGACGUUUACGGCAAUGUAAAAUAUAUAAGGAACCUGAAUACUCUCAGACUACGAUUGAGCUCAAAAGAACUUUUUCAUUAACUCCGAAUAAUGAAGAAGAGAGGUAUGAUGCUUGGUUGGAGUAUAUGAAAUCUUUAUGUGCUACAUGCAAAUGCUAUUGUGAUAAUUCCUACAAUGAAAACAAGACCAGCUCAAUUUGUCUAGACAGGGUAUCAUCGAACACUGGAGAAGGAUAUAUAAUCAGUGGUGUUCGAUUAAUAGUGAAAGAUAAAAUAAUGAAAAUUCAAUACCAACAAGCUAAAUUGAGUGCAGACGGAUUCAUUGAUCAGACUAGUGGCUGGUUAGAAAAUCCAGGAUGUACUAAUGUAAGUAAAAUGAGUUAUGGUCACAUAUCUUUACAAAUAGAUGACAUAUUGCUGCCUUUGAAAUCUGUAGUUACAGGUCUGUCUUUUGCUAAAGAUGCGAAUUUUCGAAGAUUUUAUUUAGUAGUUUAUGGAAAGGAUAUGGAAAAUAUUACAAAUAAAUCUGUUAAUUCGACAAAAUACUUCAAGCCAGUUACACAGAGAAUAAAUUUAAUGACGUCUGACAUGGAGCUUCCUACAACUGCUCCAAUAGCCAAUGUCACGGAAUUAAGUGAACCAGAUAAAUAUUAUGUGACUUUUCAACCAGUUGUAGUGACCAAUGAUGAGAGUGAGAUUGAUGAACAGCUCAUGCCAUUUCUGGAUAUUCGAAAACUUUCUAUUCCUGAUGAAUUAAUGAAACCGUUAAAUGGUCUAGGAAUUUACUGGAGAAGCUUCGAUGGAUAUGGAGGAUAUGUUGCUUUUAAACUUAUUAUAGCUGAUAGUCCGAAGAAUAUUAAACAGCAUUUAAGACAAUUACAAAUGCUAGGUCAUAAACCUCCUCGUUCAGGAAAAACAAAUUCUCCUUAUGGUUAUUCAAAUUUUAGAUAAACUCAUUAAUUUCAACUUUUAGUGGUAAAAUAAUUUUCACAUGUUUCGUUUACUUUUAACAUAAAUUUAAGUAGCUUCUGGUAAACUCAUUAUGAUGACUCAUUUAUUUAUUUUUUUUUUGCAUAGAAAAGAGAAAAUUUUCGUUGUCAAUAUGACUUAUAAUAAUCAUAAAGUUAAAUAACAGAGAUUGCAAAUAAGAAAUUUGCUGAUAUUCAUUUUGAAAUGUUUUAACAUGUACAACUCACUUAAACUGUCUGAGACACUCGUCGUGUUUUUUGCGAUGAUCUAAUCAUACUUAAAUGUAAGUAUUAUUCCAUCAGGUCUGCAUUUGAUUCCACAAUAAAUAGAACAAAAAGAAAUAUCAAUUGUUGAAGAGAAAUUAAAUAAAUGUUACAAGUUCCAAUGA